AUGGAGGAGCGCGAGUGGGGGGCGAGGUCGGCGCUGGCGGGGAGCCCCGCGAACCCGCCGAGCCCGCGGCUGGAUGUCAGCUCGGACAGCUUCGACCCGCUGCUGGCCCUCUACGCGCCCUCCCUGCCGCCCAUCCCCUACCCCAACGCGCCCUGCUUCAACAACGUGGCGGAGUACGAGAGCUUCCUGAGGACCGGGGUGCGGGCGGGCGGGCGCGGGGCGCGGAAACGUGGCUCUCUGCCAUUGGAGCCUGUCACCGAGGUCACCGAGGUCACCAAGGUGGCCGGAGGAGUUCAUGUGCUCAUUUCGAGUGGGAACCUCAUUUUUCCCCUUGACACCUUGACACUUAUGGAUGUGCAUGAGGGCAGCCCCCUGGGCGAGCUCCACCGCUGCAUCCGGGAGGGGGUGAAGGUCAACGUUCACAUCCGCACUUUCAAGGGGCUCCGGGGCGUCUGCACCGGCUUCCUCGUGGCCUUCGACAAGUUCUGGAAUAUGGCACUUACAGAUGUGGAUGAGACCUACCGCAAACCUGCUCUGGGCAGGGCAUACGAGCGGGAUUCUUCGCUGACUCUCACGAGGUUGUUUGACCGGCUGAAGCUCCAGGAUUCCUCCAAGAAGGAUGCUGAUUCGAAGUCUGCGGUGGAAGACUCCACGCUGUCUAGGCACUCACAGACGUCCACCUGGAAGGUGGCGUCCGUGUGGGGCCGAGGAGACACGGACCGGAGCGCCCGCAGGCGGUCACGCUCCGUCCCUUCCUCCCUGCAGGCUUCUGGGAGGGAGGAGUCGAGGUCGGAGCUGUCAGCGAGGACUACCCGGACCGAAGGGUCCAGUGCCGGAGGUACGGUCUCCAGGGCCACCACCCUGUCCCGGGGCCAGCCCCGGAAGAAAAAGCGAAAGCCCAAGGUGGAUUACCAGCAGGUGUUCACCCGACACAUCAAUCAGAUUUUCAUUCGGGGCGAGAACGUCCUGCUCGUUCAUCUCGCACAGUGACCACCAGCUCAGCCUCCGCCUGAGCUUUGGGUGUUAGAAAUAAAGUGCAUGCAUCUCUCCUAUACCACA